GUUUGAUUGUUUCUAAUAAGAGUACAGAGUACUCUGUAUAUAUCAGCUGAUUGCAUUUUCAGAAGCUGCUUUUAUCAAGUUCCCCCCGUACUUAUCCGCACAUUUGUUAAUAGUCCCACAAGGUUGCAGCUAUUGGAGAGUAAAUAUCUUCACCCUUCUUUUUAUGUAUCAACAUUCAAUUCUUGAUGUUUAAGAAGCAGCCUUCAUACUGAUUGUUGUGAGGAGCUGCUUGACCCCAACUGUGAGUCCAAUCCCUGGUUUUCGCCUCAUAUCUGCUCCUUUGCCAUGCUCUGAGGAACACAAGGUUGGCAGUAUUUGUGCUUUGGUCUGAUGUUUUUGGUUAAUUAUACUUGCUGCUGACCUUUCAGACUGUUUCGAUACAUGUCAUAAUAGUCUGCUAUGAUGCAGUAUAAAUAAUCUGUGUGUAUUCAGAUAACUGCAGGCCAUAUUUGAAAGGAGUUGGUACUCCUGCUUCGCAGCAGAAUCGGCAACCAACCACACAAUUGUUCCGCAAGAAGACCAAGAAGGAAGAAAAGUCAGAAAGUUAGAUCAAUUACGGCGAACAAUCCUAAUAGUGAGAAGCUUUUACUAUCAAAACGAACUGCUACUCUUGCAUCGAUGUCCCACAAGCGCCGGCAAGGCGCUCUUGGUGCGUCGAAAGUACAUCCUGAAGGGUCCACCGCAAACUUUGCUGCAGAUAAGUCUCAUAGCUUGGCCGAGAAUGCGGUUGAAAAUUUGGGUGCGACAUCCUCUGGGCUUUCAGGGCUAAAACUGAAGUCCGGCUGUCUCUCGAAUGAUGGAGGCAGAGUGGCAGGCGUAAUCGGCACCAAUGGAAAGCAUUUACAUGGGAAGCCCUCUUUCACAGCGGAACUUGACGGGCUGCUUGCAGAGGGGAAGGCAGCUGCCGAUAUUUUGUCCGCAAGUGAAAGGUUGAAUCGCACCAGUGACGAGACAUCGUCACCUGAUCCCUCCAUUCACCCGGCCAGAGGGUAUGAUAAAACCAAACCGUCGGCCACAUCUAUCAACCUACACAAACACGCUAGUGUGAAAGAGCUUGGUUCUCCCUAUAUAUCUUCUGCAACCCAUGUGAAAAAUAUGUCAAUCGCCUCCCACCACGAUUCUGAGGCUCCAAAUGGUGAAGAUUUCUCAUUUUCGGUGACUGAAGGCCAACCAAGUCGUAGAAGCACACAUCAUGGUCCUCAUCACCGAGAAAUACGGCUCUGCGAACCAGCAAAAAGUAUACCAGUGGGCUCUAAGAACUUUUCCCCGACGCAUAAGGCUUUGAGGCAGAGCAUUAUGGAGGGAAUGCAACCCCCGCAGCCAGCCGUCCAAAGCCCAGGUGUUUCUGAAUUUGAGCACGAAUUUCUGCAGUUGGAGCGAAGUGAGGUACAAGAGCUUCGUGAAUGGCUCCAACUCACUGGCUAUUAUGAUGAGGAGUACCGUUCAAAAUCUCUGCGACGGCGCAAACGUCUGGCGGCCUUGGAGUUAGAAAGGGCCCAAUUGAUAAAAGAGGAGCAAGACGCACGUGAAGCAUUGGAGAGACGCAACGAUGCGUCUUUUCCUACAUCUCAUUUCAAACUAGACAUGAAUGACACAUUUCCCGGUGGACAUGGCUCUCCUCACUUGGCAUCAGCUAAUUCUAUGCCCCAGACGCCCAAGGGAGCUGAGAUGAUUGAUCGCACUCCUUCCAUAAACCUCAACGAUGGGAGUAUGGGAGAUCCUGGCCGUGACGCCACCCCUGGUCCGUUUAUCCACCCGUCAAGAGAGUUAAAAUUGAAGCGAUCAGGCUCCAUCAUGGCUUCUCCUCCGCAACAAUCAAUGAAGAAGCUACGCAUGGAAAGAUGGAACAUGCAUACUGAAGACCAAGAUGAUCCAGACGCCGUGCGGCCCACCGAACAGUCCAGAACGGCUUUUUUUGAGAAACCGCAGCAGGAUACCCAGCAACAUGAUUUCAGUAACACAAACCAGCCCGGUGGAUGGGGGGAUAUUCCAGAAUCUAGGGGCUAUGGAUGGGGCGUGCCCAGCCGUGGACGUGGACGUGGCCUCCCUCCAAUGCGACCCCGUGGCGGCGGGCCUUCGCAGAGUACCCGUUCCCAGUACGUGUUAGAGAAUCCUCGGAUGAUCCUAGGAGCAGGAGAAACGAAAUUCUUCAUUCUAAAGAGCUUGUCACUCGAAAAUGUGAUAGCAUCACAGCACGAGGGCACUUGGUCAACACAAGUGAAGAAUAUUGAUAAGUUGGUGGAUGCUUACAAUUCAGCCCGCCAUGUCGUCUUGUUCUUUUCUGUUAACCAUAGCAAGGCAUUUCAAGGCUUUGCAUGUAUGGAGUCUUUACCUGGAGAUCCAGAUGUUCCCAUUCCAAGGUGGGCGGACUCAUAUAACUGGGAACCCAGUCCUCCAUUCAGGGUCAGGUGGGUCAAUACGGCAGUGACCUCCUUCAAACAAGUCGCCCAUUUGACAAACGCAUACAAUGAUAAUAUGCUGGUUUUCGUUGGUCGUGAUGGUCAGGAGAUUGAACCACGCUGCGGGCUGGAGCUUUGUUCUAUUCUUGACCGCUCUGGGACCUUGUAACCUUGGAUCAAUACUACACUCAAGGCCGGCACCAAGCCUUUCAUCCAUAUUGCUCCAGACAAGACUACUCGAUGCUUGGUUGAGCGAUGGGUUAUCGGUUUUCAAUAUUGACGUUGACUGAAGUAUCACUCCACGCAAUCACAUUAUUAUGAUGUACUCCGCAUAGUGGGCUUCUACCUUAUGGAUCAGAUAUGUAUGAUCCAGCCCACUGCUCUUUUAUAUGACGCUGGAACUCCAUACUCUUCGGCGAAUCUUCAGCUUUCUUUAAAAGAUUCCUUCCUCUAAAUCGUGACAGCCAAAUACGCUGCCCGGCGACGCGAAACGAGUCAUCAAAGAGAACUUUCGAGAUUGUUCAACCGUUACGGAGUAGAUUUCGCAGCAAAACGGACAGAGAAGAUUGCGUGAUAUGUUACAUUUGGGCCGGAUCUAGUUUGCCAGAUUUCUUGGGAAAUGUUGGCAAUUAUCACAGCUAUCCCGCACCACAAUUAGAGCAUCAACAGUUUUUGAUGGUUGAUGUCUCCUGCCGAGCGGAUAACUCCUUUCCUUCUUUUUGAUGUCGGGGGCAACUGUCCAUCCACUCCUUGAGACACUAGGUAAAUAUUUUCUUUAUAUUAAACAGAUCAAUCGCUUUCUGUGGACAUCACAGUUCAAGAAAAGGGUACAGGGGAUACACAGAGAGAAGCGAAGGACAGGAGAGCGAAUCAGAACUUUUUUGAACCUUAUGAUACACAUAGUGUUCAAUUACUUGAUUUCUUAAUGAAGUACAUAAAUCGGAAUUGCAGAGGGCGUUUGAGGGCAAAUGCUUAUACUCGACACUUUUCAACGGUGGCUAUGGCUCAAUUGGCUGAGCUGAUGAGCUGUUGAAGAAGCGGUUCAGUUACUAGAGGGAUCCAUGUAACAUAACUCCCAUAACAAUGGAGGAACACGCGCCCGAUAAAACGCCCGCUGCGUUGAAAUUGAUACCUCAUUCUAGUGUC